AUGGCCUACGCAAGAAGAGCAGCGCUCCUGCUCAUCACCACCAAUGCCCUGCGCCCUGCACCUCGGAGACGGAGAGCACCGCGAGCAGCACCACACAUGGUGCUAGACGUCGCCGCCGCGUCGCACGUGAUCGCCAGCGCGACGCCAGUCGCCCUGGACUACGGCGCACUAGCCACGAAAGCCAUCGGCGGCGGCGCGAGCGGCGCGCUCGCGGGCGUCGUUCAGGUGAGCUCGCUGAUGUGGCUGCGGACGGCCAUGAACUACCAGUACGCCAACGGCGGCAACGGCACGCUCGCCACCGUAGCCAAGUUGUACGAGGAGGGCGGCCUGCCGCGACUCUACCGAGGCGUCCAGUACGCUCUGGUCCAAAACCCGCUCUCACGCUUCGGCGACGCCGCGGCGAACGCCGCCGUGCCCACUCUCAUAGUCUCCUUGGUGCCGGGAAUACCCUUGCCUGCUUCCCAGGCCGUGGCGUCCGCGACGGCGGCCGGCUGGCGCAUCCUCAUCGCGCCGGUCGACGCGCUGAAGACGGCGCUGCAGGUCGACGGCUCGGCAACCGCGUUGACGGACCGCAUUAGCACGGUGGGCCCCGGGGUGCUAUGGCGCGGGUCGCUGGCGGCGGCCGCAGCUACGUUCGUCGGCAACUACCCCUGGUUCCUGACCUACAAUUCUUUGGAUCAAUCACUCCCACCAGAGUUGUACGACGGGCCGGCGGCGGCGUUAGUGAGGCGCGCGCUGCUCGGAGUCUGCGCGUCGUGCGUCUCGGACGUCUGCAGCAACGCUAUUAGAGUUGUGAAGACAAAAGUCCAGACGUCGCCCGACGAAGACACGAACCCCCUGCAAGCGGCGCGGGCCAUUCUCGAGGAGGACGGCGUCGAAGGGUUAUUUUUCAGAGGUUUAGAAACGAGGCUGACGAUCAACUGCCUCCAGGGCGCGGUCUUCUCGGUCGCGUGGAAGUACUUCGAGAAGGCGCUCGCGGGCCGAGUGUAGGGCGCUUCGACGGCGUCUCCGCCCGCACGCGUCAGGCGGUGCACGAAGACGACGCUCAUCACCUCAAAAGUGUUACACACGGUGCAGUGCGACUUAUGUGACGACUGUUCUAUUAUACGGGCGACGAAGGAGUGUUUUCACCGAGCGCAGUCGGCGGCUCGGUGUCGCCGUUGGCGGGCGCCAGGACUCGCUUCGCGUCGAGGUGGACAACUUCGACCGCUCGCUUUGCGACAAAGACACGCCGAUCAAGGAGCAGCAGUUCGUCACGCAGCUGGUCGACGGGAAGUUACUCACGGAACGCAUCGUGCAGGGCACCUCGAAACGAUUGGUCGGGACGACUUUGAGGGAGCUGGAGCGGGAGGGCGCCUCCUCAUCAACGGUCGCCGAGGAGCGGGCCGCCGACGGCGCUCGAGCGGCCGGCCUUCGCCGCGGGCCGGCCGCGGGCCGUGGUGCUCGCGAACCGGUCGGCGUGCUUCCUGAAGCUGGGCGACCACGGCCGCGCGCUGGAGGACGCGGCGGCGGCGGCCGGCUUCGACGAUACGUACGCGAAGGCCCACUUCCGGCGCGGCCUGGCGCUGCACGCGCUGGGGAGGUAUCGCGAGGCGCUGCCCGAGCUCGGGAAGGCCCGCGACCUCGAGCCGAAGAACGCGCAGGUCGCGGACGCGAUACGGUUCGCGGAGAUGCGCCUGAGCCGGGGGCGUAACUAA